GCGUCACUGGCCAUCACCAGUGGGCGUGUUGUCUUCACCAACAUGUCGGAGUAGGAGUUUCUAUCAAAACUUUUCACUUAAAAUUUAGUGACUGUACACGUUUACUUGGUGCCAGCUGCUGGAGUAUGGCGUGUUACCGGAACGUAGAUGUAGUCGAGCCGUUUCCGAGUGGUUUAAUUAGCCGAUUUGUAAUUUUACUAGUAUUUCAAAGUACAAGCUUCCCGGUUUGUGACUCUGAAGGAAUCAGUCCAGAGAGGUGUCUGAUAUGGGGUCCGGGGCUAAACCCGGACACCGUGUUACCAGUCCGCUACUUCUUUAUUCAGGCAGUGAAUUCAAAAGGAGAAAACCUGACUCUGUCUCCAGGAAAAGACACGUUUAAAGUGAAGAUCGGCUCACUGGAUAAGAAUGAGUACCUCCGUAUCCACGUCCCUCCACCUCUGGACAGAGGAGACGGCUCCUUCCUGUUGAGGUAUCGGCUCUACAGCACUGCUCACAGGGGUCUGAAGAUCCAGGUCUCUUACAGAGAUGCUGCUGUGGCUAGCUCACCCUACACCAUCCAAGGUCCAGUGCAUCAUGAAUACUGUGACUGUCCUGAGCCCGAUGCCUCCGUCUGGCAGAGCGUCAUGCAGUGUCCUGCCGAUGACCGACAGAUUCUAGCUGACUUUAAGUCUUUUCCCACCAUCGACCUGCAGCAUCUCAGGCAGGAAGUGCCUCACAGAUUCUCCAACAGAGGAGGGCUCAUUCACUACGCCAUCAUCAACAACCACGUGUACCGGCGCACGCUGGGAAAAUACACCGACUUCAAGAUGUUCUCUGAUGAAAUUUUGCUAUCAUUGACGAGGAAGGUGAGGGUGCCUGAUGUGGAGUUUUACAUCAAUGUGGGUGACUGGCCGCUAGAGACAAAGACGUCGGCUGCUGUUCCGAUCUUAUCGUGGUGUGGCUCCACAGACACACGGGAUAUCGUCCUCCCUACCUAUGAGGUCACACACUCCACCCUGGAGACACUGAGAGGGGUCACUAAUGACCUCCUAUCUGUCCAAGGGAAUACAGGGCCUCCGUGGGUGAAUAAAACUGAGCGGGCGUUUUUCCGGGGUCGGGACAGUCGAGAGGAGCGUCUUCAGCUUGUAUCACUGUCCAAAAAAAACCCAGAGCUCCUUGAUGCCGGCAUCACUGCGUGGUUCUUCUUUAGAGACCAGGAGAAACACGUUGGCAAAGCAUCACUUGUUGGAUUCUUUGACUUCUUUAAGUACAAAUAUCAGGUGAACAUUGAUGGAACAGUGGCAGCGUACCGGUUUCCUUACCUGAUGCUCGGGAACAGUCUGGUUCUGAAACAAGACUCUCAGUACUAUGAACAUUUCUACAGCCACCUGAAGGCAGGAACACAUUACAUUCCUGUGAAGAGAAACCUGUCGGACCUUCUGGAGAAGAUCAGAUGGGCUAAAGAGAACGACGCUGAAGCACAAGAGAUCGCCAGAGCGGGCCAGGCAGCAGCCAGAGAGCUGCUGCAGCCCAGCAGGCUGUACUGUUACUACUACAAAGUGCUGCACAUGUAUUCAGAGCGACAGACGGGACAGCCGACACAACACGCAGACAUGGAGCUGGUGCCUCAGCUGGAUGACCACACUGCUGCCUGCAAAUGUGAGCGUAAAAGCUACAAAGAAGAAACGGACGUGAAGGAUGAACUAUGACGGGCUCCGGCUUUAGACUUUAAGCACUCGAGUCUCUUUUUCUGUGUGAAAACAUUCCUGAUAUCUAAAGAGUGAAGAUGAUAACGUAAUGUUCCUGAUGCCUAAGGGCAUAUGAAUGUUCAGCAUUCCACUUUAAUUUUGGACAGUAGAGGGAUUUUAUGAUAAAACCAUAGCUGUCAGAAAUUUUGAGAUCGAGCUCAAAAACAAUCUGUGAUCAUGUGAGCAUUAAUGUUUUAAAAUGUGUUUUAUGUUGUUGUUGUGGGAGGUUUUUUUUUUUUAUACCUGUUUAGUAAUGGAGGAACUUGGAUGAGUGUAAAUGUACCUUUAAAUUGGAUACUUGUGUGCUUUAUCUAAACUAAAAACUUUGUCUUAAAAUAUU